ACCGCGGCUGCCGAGGGACCGCCGCCGUCUCGUCGCCUCAGCGCCCAGUCGGGGCCCGGCCCGCCCCGCCGCCCGCCUUCCCCUCCUUCCCGGGCCGGGCCUGCGGGGUGUUCAUUUUAAGGAACCUGUGAAGAUGAAAAGGGGUAUCAUAUGGUUUUCCGAAGGAUAAAGCGAUCCUGUCUGACAUGACGGCUAAAAAUGUUGGUGUGACUUCCACAAAUGGAGACUUGAAAGGAUUUAUAGAUCAGAACCAGAGUCCAACAAAAGGUAAUAUCUCAGUCAUUACACUGCCAGUUUCCAGCACCAACUCUCCCAGUAAGAUUUUGCCCAAAACCUUAGGACCGAUCAACGUGAAUGUUGGACCCCAGAUGAUCAUAAGCACCCCCCAAAGACUGACCAAUUCAGGGAGUGUUCUGCUCGGGAGUCCCUAUAACCCAGCUCCAACAAUGGUCACCCAGACACACAUCACAGAAGCUUCUGGCUGGCUCCCAGGGGAGCGAAAACGGACUCAAGAAAUUAUAGAGUCAGACUUUUCCGAGAGUAAGAGAAGCAAGAAAGGAGAUAAAAAUGGGAAGGGCCUGAGGCAUUUUUCAAUGAAAGUUUGUGAAAAAGUUCAGCGGAAAGGGACAACUUCCUACAACGAAGUGGCUGAUGAGCUGGUGUCAGAGUUCACAAACUCCAACAGCCACCUGGCUGCAGACUCACAGGCUUAUGACCAGAAGAAUAUCAGACGGAGAGUUUACGACGCCCUCAACGUCCUGAUGGCCAUGAACAUCAUUUCCAAGGAGAAGAAGGAAAUCAGAUGGAUUGGCCUUCCCACAAACUCAGCUCAGGAAUGUCAGAAUCUGGAGAUAGAAAAGCAGAAGCGGAUUGAAAGGAUAAAACAGAAGCGAGCCCAACUGCAGGAACUGCUGCUGCAGCAAAUAGCAUUUAAAAACUUGGUGCAAAGAAAUCAGCAAAAUGAGCAGCAAAAUCAGGGCCCUCCAUCUGUGAACUCCACGAUCCAGCUGCCCUUCUUGAUAGUCAACACUAGCAAGAGAACCAUUAUAGACUGCAGCAUAUCCAGUGACAAGUUUGAAUACCUCUUUAAUUUCGAUAACACCUUCGAGAUCCACAAUGACAGCGAGGUGCUGAAGAGGAUGGGAAUGUCCCUGGGGCUCGAGGCAGGCAAGUGCUCAGCUGAGGACCUCAGGACUGCAAAAUCACUGGUGCCAAAAGCUUUGGAAGGCUACAUCACAGAUAAUUCCUCACUUCCAGGCACUAACAACAGUUUGUACUGUAAUGUUUGCCAGCAGGACUAGAGGAGCAGUUGGAAGAAUCCAAGUCUAAACCAGUUCGAUUAAAGAAACUUAAAAUUGCCAAAAACCCUUGGACCAUCAUAGCUUUGAACAGAAAUAACUUCCUAUUUGCAUUAAACAGCCAAAUAAAUUGCUUGGAAUUGCUGAACUGAUGACAUGUGCAUCAAAACCUUAUUAGUGUAGUUUCUUUUCAGGAGGAGCACGUAUUUUAGCGUUUCUUCAAGCGCACAAGUUUGAUAAAAGCAGUGUUACCU